AUGGACGUGCUGGGAAAGAUUGUGCAGGGCACAGGCUGCGCCGUGGACGGCACUGUGGCGGCAAAGAACCCGCUCUCACGCGCACUGGAUAGCGUGGUACAGUCUCACGCGAAUGCUCGUCAAUCCCGCGGGGCUGUGCUACCGUACGGCGCACCCAGUGAGUUGCAGGUGCAGAUGCAGCGCUCCAGGAUGGCUCAGGGCGCUGACACCCAGUUCCUCGCGGACUUUGAUCAAGAAUCCGUCGGUCGCUUGCGAAUGGAGGCGGCUUUCCGAUCUACCGGAGAGCAGCAGCACCAGAUGAUGAUGAUGCACGCACACCAGGCAUCCAUGGAGGCAGCUUUUGAAGACGCUCGGCGCGCACAGCUUCAGCAUAGACUCGGUGCGCGACCACCAUCUAUGUCGAUGGGUACAGCAAUGGCGCAUGCACAGGGCAUGAAACACGAUGCGUGGGUCGACGACUUCUGCUCGAACAAUUUGGAAACCGCCUGGCGAACAGCUGGUAAAUCCCACCGAGAAGAUGCGUGGUGGAAAAAUAGCAUAGCACCAGCGUCUAUGGUUCAUCAACCAUCGAUGCAAUCUCAUCCGGCCGCUGCACAGCGGGUAAGGAGGCCAGAAGAGCAGGUGACAAGAGAGGCUGCCAGCAGGAUGCAGAUGCAACAAGUCUCCAACGAAACGGCGCGCACUAUGCGUCAGAAUCAAGACCCCAGGUGGCAGAAUAGUCAGUUUCUUAAGUUUAUGAACCAGGUCGGCUCGGGUGAGGUGCAAAUUGACGAGGAAAAGAAUGAGGUUGUCGGCGCGGUCAAAACAGAAGGCGCACUAGAAGGAGCGUGGGGAGACACAUCGGAUUCGCGCUCAAUUUUCGACGCUAGUUCGCAGCAAGAUGUCAAUUUGACUGCUUCUGAUCUGGAACGAGCAUUCGCAGAGACAGCCACGACUCCUGCAGGGAUGGAGGGAGCGUGGAAAGAGGCGCGUGCGGCGAAUGCGACGGGACUGCACGAGGCGUGGAGUGACUCAAAGGUCGACGAGGACAAAGCCAUGGCAAGCGCGUGGGCGGAUAGUGAUGAUCUAGAGGCAAUUUGGGAAAAGGCUAUGGCGGACGCGCAAACGAUAGAUCCGUUUGAAGACGCAUGGGAUAACGCGACGAACGAGGACUAUACCUACAAGGCCGAGAAUCCCUUCUUGGACUCAUCGGAUAAUUUCCAGAAAGGCAUUGGUUUUUUCAAGUCGGGGCAUCUGAAUGACGCGAUUCUUGCGUUCGAAGCUGAGGUACAGCAGCAUUCGGACAAUAGUGAGGCAUGGCGUAUGCUGGGUGAAUGCCACGCAGAAAAUGAUGAAGAUAAAAGCGCCAUCGUUUGCCUAGAGCGUGCUGUGGAGGAAGACCCGUACAACCUGAAUGCAUUGUUGGCACUUGGCGUCAGCAAUGUCAACGAGCUAAACCCGCAAGGCGCGCUGAAAACACUGAAGGCGUGGGUACAACACAACCCGAAAUUUCACGGACUGGAGAUUCAAGUGGAUGAGUACAGCGAUGGAUCAUUGAUGGAUGAAGUGAUGCAGCUAAUGCUGCAAGCACGCGCACACGAUCCCAUCGAUUCAGAUGUUCAAGUUGUAUUGGGUGUCUUGUAUAACGUGUCAAAAGACUACGAUGCGGCAGUUGAUAGCUUUAAAGCUGCUUCAGACUCGCGGCCAGAAGAGUAUGCGCUGUGGAACAAAGUGGGGGCGACACUAGCAAAUUCGGCGCACUCGUCGGAGGCCAUCCCUGCGUAUCACCGGGCACUGGAAUUGAAACCGCGCUAUGCCCGUGGGUGGCUGAAUUUGGGAAUCAGCCACGCGAAUUUGGGAAAUUACGAGGAGGCUACAAAGUGUUAUCUGCAGGCACUGAGCUUGAACAAUCGCGCAGACCACAUCUGGAGCUAUUUGCGAAUUUGCUUUACAUGUAUGGAGCGGUUUGAUUGGGUAAAGGUGGCGGAUACGAGAGACCUCAACUACUUUCGCAACGAGUUUAAGCUCAUCGAUCUAUAG